CCCUCAAUAAACCUGUCGUCCCAGUUGCCUUACCGAGGUUAGGUGAAGUAGAUGCAGCUUGCGGAGCGCAAGGAUCGCGAUCCCAGGCCUGAGUAAAUAACACCAGUUCAGCAAAAUGAACUGAGUGGGCUGAGGUCAACAUAGACGCACUUUGCCUUGGCGUCCAUGCUUUGCGUACACCGACGAAAUGUUUCCAAUAAGAAACGCACUGAAACAACUUGUGAUAAAUAACUUCGCGAAGAACUUGCAGCUGUGGGCUUCCAUCUCCACUGGGCCGCAGCAGCAGUGUGGCACAUUUUACGAGUUCCGCACGUAUCGCAUCAAGCCCGAGCACAGCGCCUCCUUCUUCAAGCUGACGCACGAGAAGAUCCGCCUGCGCACGGCUCAUUCUGAGCUCCUGGGCUACUGGAGUGUGGAGUAUGGUGGACUCAACCAGGCCUUUCACAUCUGGAAGUAUGACAGUUAUGCCCAGCGGGCAGGAGUGCGGGCAGCCCUGGCCAAGGACACCCACUGGAUGGAAGAGUACAUUUCCAAAGCCAUGCCUAUGCUGACCUCUCAGGACAAUGAAGUCACCUACCUGGUUCCCUGGUGUAAGGUCAAAGGGCCACCAAAUAAAGGUGUGUACGAGCUCGCGACGUUUCACAUGAAGCCGGGUGGGCCAGCGGUUUGGGGUGCUGCCUUCCAGGCGGCUGUCGGCGCUCACUCCGGAGCCGGCUACGCCCAUCUGGUGGGGGUUUUCCACAGCGAGUUCGGACUCCUCAAUCAAGUACAUGUCCUGUGGUGGUUUGAGAGCCCCGACCAGCGAGCGGCGAUUCGGCACACGGCCCACGGGGACGCCCGCGUAGUGGCAGCAGUGAGGGAGAGUGCGGCGUACCUGGACUUCCAGAGUAACAAGCUCAUGUUCCCCACUCCGUUCUCGCCCCUCCAGUGAGCUUCACCCUGGGGGGGGGGUGGGCGUUUGUUUGGGGGCAGUGGGACUCUGAAUGCUGUAUUGGUCAAACUGCACGUGCGUGUACUACGUGACUGGAGCACAAGAGCUGCCUGAUCUCCAGAGGAGCGGCGAGGGUGUUUGCUGACCUUUGGUUCCUGCUAACUUGAGUGUUGAAUUUGAUCAAACCUUAACUUGACCUGGUAACGUUUCGUAGUUAUGAUUUUGUACAUUUUUGUGACAUUUUAGGUGUGAUCCUAUAGGGGGGAUGAAGUCCCUAACCAUUGUGUUUUUACAGUUUGUCACUAGACCUCAGUUAUACCUUAAUUGUAAAUGGAUUCACACGUACAGCUCAUGAUUGUGCAUGAUAGACAUGAAUUCAGAGGUGGAAAGUUCAGGUCCAGAGAGUACAAAUCCAGACCAAGGUUUUAUUUCAACCAACCAAUUGAGAAUAAAGAAUCUCAGUCGCAGAGUAACUCAACUGGUUGGUUGAAACAAAACCUUGGUCUGGAUUUGUACUCGCUGGACCUGAACUUCCCACCUCCGCAUGGAUCGUGUUUAUCGGAACCUCAGCGUUUAAAGCAGUUUUAGAGUCAAGCGUAUGGAAAUGUACUACAGCAGACUUGCAUGAUGUAACAGUCCUGCUGUUGGGGUAAAGUGCCUGUCACUUUCGAAAUUCACUCUCAGCACUGAAGGAUGUGUUCUUUUCAUCACAACGGCUGAACAAUGACAUGGUAUGGGGGGGGACGUCACAGUCCCAAUUUUCAUAAUGUCAAGGAACAAUUAGAAUUGGCCAUGAGUGUUAUUUCAUUGCUGUAUGUACUUAGUGUCUGUAAUCACUUAAAUUCACAUUUACAUUAAUAUGAAGGAAUUUGAAUAUAGGAGUGUUACCUGUGUUUUGUUUUCUUGGCCUUCACAGUGUACUUGAAAUUUCUUUUAACAGUAAUAAAAUGCAGUUUUCAAGUCA